AUGGAAUUCAUUUGUAAUCUCGCAGAAUACUGCAACAUUGAUUGUUUUGCUGAUCUUGCCCAGUACAGAGGUAAAGAAGGAGUUUGGAGUAAAUCUUUCAAUUGGAAAGCAGCCGAGAAAAUGAGUACUUUCUUGUGGUGGAAAGGUAUUUGUGGUUCUAGCCAGCUAAGUAAAGUCGCACUUAGGGUAUUGACUGCACCCUGUACAUUUGCAGCAACAGAAAGUUCGUUUAGUACACAGGCAUUUAUACACAGUGCAAAAAGAAAUCGUCUUACAUCAGAAAGAGCGGCGAAAAUAACUUUUUUGUCGUAUAAUUGGAAUUUGUUGCACAAAAGUAAAGAGAAAAAGUCUUGUUUCACAGAAGGUAAUGGUGAAGGGAGUCUCGACAAGUUUUGUGAUGCUAGUCAAGACGAUAUAUCGCGAAAUUAUAUGCAAAAGGAUAUAGAAUCUUCUCUCACAGAGUGUGAAUUAGAAGAUAUAGAACCAGUAGCAUCAACUUCAGGCCAAACUAAUGAUAUUGAAUUUAUAAAUAUUAAACAUGUAUAUGAUACUGACAGUGAUUGA